UCUGCAGCUCCUUGAUGCUUUUUGAAUGUACUUGGGAGUUCUUUGAGUGUGGUGGCGUGGGUUAGGGGAUAUCUCGGUAAGCAACCUUUGCUCAGGGGGGCUUGAGAGACACUGAAAGCUCCGUGUGUGUGUGAGAGACACAGAGAGAGAGAGAAACAUCUUGCAGCAACAUGACUGAGCUCCCCCUCCUGAUGGGUCGCCAUUCAAGCAGUACAACAGGGAGCUGCAGAUACAAGAGGUCAAGCAAGCCUCUGCAGGUAGCUGUGAUAAAUAUCGAUAGGAUCCCAGUCCCGACUGCAAAUCUUAUCAGAAAGGAAGCCAGUUGUUCUGUGGCACAAACUACUAACACCCAUUAUGACGGUGUCAAGGAACAGAGAUGUCCCACGUCCAGAAGUUUGCCUUCUAACCCACCAUCAAUGAGAGUGAACUCUAAGACCAACUCUGCCAGCAUUAGUUCCAACCUACAUAAGGCUAUGCAAGUGAAAAUAAACCAUUUGGUUAGCUCUCCUUUCAAACAGAGCACUGUGUCUCAUAUGCGUCACGUGCGUUGCUUUUCCCCAGGAGAAGAAUUGAAAUUUGAAAUCCUAAGUGAAAUAGAGCAAAUUAAGAAGCUGCAGAGUGACCAGAGGCCUGUUUGUUGCCACCAUAUUGUUAAUGGCCAGCUGCUUAAAGCCAGACUGAAGCCCCUCCAUCCUGUGGUUGUUGAAGGACCGAGUAUUAUUCAAUGCAGAGGUAUUUUGCCAGAAAUCUCAAACCGAAGGUCCCAUCCAAGCCGAGGGAUGAGAUUCCAUGAGCAGCUAGUCAACUACCUGUCUUAUGAUGAUUGUGUGAGAGAGACACCAGAUACCCUUCACCACACCUCCAUUUGCUCUCUGAAGGAUGAAGAAAUAAGUGAAACUUGAGAUUUGCAGCAACAUGUAGUGUUUUGCAAAGAGAGCGCCAGAGAAGCUUCACAGUUUGCUUCCCUUACCUGGGGGACUCUCUUAGAGCAUUGUCGCCAUCUGGAAUGAUGGCCCUCUUAUGAAGAAAAGACCACCACUUCAUGAAUCAGGGUCAUGGAAGAGAAACUGGUGCCAAUUAUGGUGAGACAUUUAACUUAGCUCUAGUUGAAUUUUGAUACUAUGCCAAAAAUAGGCAAAAUAAUUUGGUUUGGCAAUUGAGAGGGAAUGGAAGCCUCAUGAGAAUCCUUUGGAAGACAAUAAAAGGAUAGAU